GCUAAAGAGGCCCUGGAGAAGGGGGAGGUGCCCGUCGGUUGCCUCCUGGUGCACGACGGCGAGGUCAUAGGGCGCGGCAGGAACGAGGUCAACGAGACGAAGAACGCUACUCGACAUGCAGAAAUGGUGGCGAUCGAUCAGGUCCUUGACUGGUGCAAGCAACACAACAGAGAUUAUACAGAAGUGUUUGCACACUCGAUCUUGUACGUAACUGUAGAGCCUUGUAUCAUGUGUGCAGCUGCCGUGCGCUUGAUGAAAAUUCCACGGGUCGUAUAUGGCUGUCGAAAUGAGCGAUUUGGAGGCUGUGGCUCAGUUUUGAGCAUCUCAUCUGAUGAUAUGGUAGACACAGGAGAACCAUUUGAAUGCAUUUCUGGCUAUCGUGCCAAAGAAGCAGUGGAACUGUUAAGAGCUUUCUACAGACAAGAAAAUCCCAAUGCACCAAAAUCAAAAGUACGGAAGAAGGACCAUCCCAGGCUCCCGCCAUGGCAGCGGGAGCCCACGGAGGCUGGUCCUCUUGGCCCCCACUUGCCACCGCCCUUGGAGGUGUGCCUGGGGCAGCUGUCCCUGUCUGACGUGCUGCAGCUCUUCCUAACCACAGGGUUUGAGUUUGUCAGUGUUGUUGAGAGGCGGAUCCACAAAC